AGAAGAGGUCAUAGUUGACCUAAGGAAAAACAUGGUUGCAGACACAGAUAUCCGCGUGGUUCGUCGAGGCGGCCAAAAAAUCAAUUUUAGAACUCCUGUUAUUAGCCAUGAUUCCAAGUUCCUCCUGUGUGCCUCUGGCGACUGUCUGAAGGUGUACAGCACAGCCACAGAAGAGUGUAUUCACGAGUUACGGGGACACACUGAUGUGGUUACAGGUGUGCUCAUCAAACCCAGCAACCACUUACAGGUCUACUCUUCUUCAACAGAUGGCACUGUUAAGCUUUGGGACUUUGCAGAUGGUAUCCUCAUUAAGUCUUAUGAUGUCGGAUAUCCAAUUCACUCCAUGUAUGCCUCUGCCAACCAUGAAGGAGUCUUCUUUAUAGUUACCCCAAAACAAACAACCUCAGAGACUGAGCGGUUCCAACUAGUGGCGGUACAUCUACCCCAGAUUAGUGGACAUCAGAAGGAGUCCCUAGAUUUUUCUUCUGUGCUUCCAGAUGUCUCUUCCAACCCAAACGCCAUCGCCUUUGGAAGAGGGGGGGAGUAUCUUGCUUCAACCAAAGGUUUGCAUUUGGAUAUCUUUUUCUUCAAGAAGCAGAAGUCAAACAGGCUUACACUGAAAGAAGACAAAAAGAAGUUGGAUAAGAACGCAUUCACAUGCAUUUCCUGUCACCCAAAAGAAGACUGCAUUGCCACUGGACAUUGUGAUGGGAAAAUCCGUUUGUGGAGGAACUUUGCCCACACAAAGGAAUAUACAUACACCACAAUACACUGGCACUCCAGUGCUGUCAGCUCCCUCUGCUUCACCCCAGAAGGCACAAACAUGCUGAGUGGAGGCUUUGAGUCGGUGCUCGUCCAGUGGACAUAUGGCCAUGAGGAGCAGAAGGACUUUCUUCCCCGACUUGGGGGAGCAAUCACACACAUCACCGUCUCCCCUGAUGGGUCGCUUUUCUGCACCACACAUUCAGAUAACAAAAUUACCAUCAUCCGGAACUGUGUAGAAGUGAGUGCAGUAAUUCAGGGUCUCGUCCAAGGAGCAUGUAUAUCCACAGGAUUGAUGGUGGACCCUCUCAGCAAAUCAUUGGUACUAAAUGGGAAACCAGGCCACCUGCAGUUUUACUCCCUUCAGAGAGAUAAGCUGAUUUUUAAUUUGGACAUUGUGCAGCAAGAGUACAUUAACCAGUCAGGAUUGCAUCAGUUUGAGGUGGCAAAGGCCGUUUUCGAUGCAACCGGAAACUGGCUCGCAACUCUUGAAGAGCGGAAACCACACAGUGAGGAGUUGGAACAUUAUUUGAAACUGUGGGCAUAUGAUAAACAAUCACAGAGUUUUGUGCUGAACAUGACCAUCUCAGCCCCCCACGAGGCUCGGAUUACGGACAUGUGCCUUUGUUCCACCGCAGUCAACCACAUGGCCACGUUGGUUUCCACCAGCAAGGACGGCCACUUCAAAGCCUGGCAGCAGGUUAUGCCCACCCACACAGAAGAUGACACUUCAUCAUGGACCUGCGAUUUUGUUGGAUCUUAUCACAGCCUGGUGCCUCGGUGCUGCUGUUUUUCAGCCGAUGGCUCUUUGCUUGCCGUCAGCUUUGAAAAGGUGGUGACUCUUUGGAGCCCAGCCUCCUGGGAGCUCCUCACAACGUUUUCCCAGCCACCGGGUGACAUCAGGAAUCUUUGUUUUGGGCAACAAAUGUGCUCCAAAUAUUUGCUGGGGACUACGGAGAAGAACCUGGUCUGCUGGAAUCUCCUCACAUGCUCCUUGGAGUGGAGCACCUCCAUGGAAAUCAGCAUGCUUGUGGCUGACCCACUGUCUGAGAACAUGGCUGCUUUCUGCAGCCAAGAUGGAGGCUCUAACUUGUUUGUCUUUAAGCCCUGUGAGCCACGGCCACUAUUUUGCCAGAAGACAGUAUGUCCAGGGAAGGUGAUGGGAGCAGUCUUUUUCCCGAGGGAGGCGGUACUAGAAAGCUGUGAGGAGAGCUGCCAAUGGCUAAACCAAUCCCAGCUGUAUUUCCUCACCCAGAAAAUGGACCUCAUGACAUUCAUCACCAAGGCGGAGGAGAACCGACUGAUGGCGUCUAAUAAACAGCUUUUCAUCGACAACACUGUCGCCAAGACCCCAUUCCACCUGUUGCUGGGCAGCCGUCACCAAGAACAAGACGCUGUGAGCAGUGAGACUGCUGAGAGACCACAGCUUCCACAGGGCUCCGCUGCCGUCAAGGAGCUUCUGCAGACCCCAGCCCACGUCCUCCCCUCGACACCUUUCCUCUGCGCCAUGUUUGUACAGUCACUGCUCAUCUCUGUGACUGACUCCAGAGAAGAAAACCAUGAAGAGGAGGAAAUGGAGAGCGAGAAAGAGGAAGAGGACUCUGAGGAGGAAAUGGAAUGCAGCGUCUCGAGACCCAAGCAGGAGUCAGUGGAAGGUGAAGCAGCACAAUCUGCAGCCCCCGCUCUCACAAAAGCACAGGCCAAAGAACUGAGGAAAGUGAAAAAACUAGACCACCGGUGGAUGAGCAGCCUCCUGGACUGCUUGAAACCACAAACAGAUGACCGGACAUUCUCCUUCAGGAAUUUUUGGCAGACUGCAUAAUUAACGGUCCCAUUUAUCACAGCAAGUCUUCCAGGUCAUGAAGCACCAAAACAGCCCCAGACCACCAUACUACCACCACCAUAUUUUACUGUUGGUAUGAUGUUCUUUUUUCAGAAAUGUGGCAUUAUUUUUAUGCCAGAUGUAAUGGGACACACACCUUUUCAAAAAGUUUAACUUUUGUCUCGUCAGACUGAAAGUAUUUUCCCAAAGGUCAUCCACAAAGUUUCUGGUUUUUGUCUUGGAACUCUGCCAUGGAUGCUGUUUUUGCCCGGUGUCUUUCUUAUGGUGGACGUAUGAACCCUGAGGUGAGGCCUGCUGUUGUUGGGUCUGUCACUGCGCAAUCCGUAAUCCCAAAACUCAAUCGGUGUCUACAUCCGGUCGGCCUAUUUUUCAGCAGUCACAUGGUAGGGAUUUGUAAUGUACGUCAUCGGUCAAUGUAGUUUAUGGCAGCAAUAUACGUAACUACAGGUUGUAUUUUUCACUUCCUUUUGCAACGUUUUUAUACUGUAUGCUUCAAUCAGGUGAUAGCACUGAGUCAACCUAUAUUUCUUAUCAAGCAUGACUGUUUACUUUUAUUGACUGCAUGUGUUUGGGACUGUAGAAUAAAUCCUGUAAAUAUGGCGUAAGUGGAGGGGGCGGGGACUUUUUCUUUUCCGUUAUCUUUGAGCAGCAGUAACAACUUGGAGAACUUGUACUUGCACUCCGAUUCCUGCUCAAGACCAAUGUCCGCCCUGUGGUGGACUGGCAACCAGUUGAUAGCCUAGUCUGCCUUUUACCCAAAUUCAGCUGGGAUACACUCCAGUUUCCACGUGUUGUACAGCAUGCCGAGGGUACUACAAAAUCAAAAGUAGGCAGAAAACAUUCUUAAAGGAUGAGUUAUGGGACAUGGUUCUGUGUUGUGGCCAUCAGCAGCAAACCAUUAACAGAUGUUGCUUAUACUUCCCACCGCUAUCUGUCCCAUUUGGACAACAUGUAUGUAUAGACAUUGCCUUGCUUUUUACCCGAGUAAGCAAUGUCUUAACUCCAAAUUAGCACUUUCAAUCAA